AGAGAGAGAUAGAGAAAGAGAGAGAGAGAGAGAUAAGACAGAAGAUGGACGUAGCGGGAUCGUUCGGAGCGGGCCGGUCCGGGUCCACUAUCGACCCAUAUACCUUCGCCAAACAGCCGCAGACCAUCCUCAGAGUGCUGUCCUGGAUAUUUUCCCUGGUGGUCUUCGCCUCCAUCGUGAACGAGGGCUACGUCAACCUGGGCAGCGAGCGCCUCCACUGCGUCUUCAACAAGAAUGAGGACGCGUGCAACUAUGGCGUGUUCUUGGGCCUGGUGGGCCUGUUGGCCUGCUCCUUCUUCUUCAUGCUGGACUACAAGUUCUCCUCCAUCAGCUCCGUCAAGGACAGGAAGAAGGCUAUAAUGCUCGAUAUCGGCUUUUCGGGUGUCUGGACCUUCAUGUACUUUGUAAGCUUCUGCUUCCUGGCCAAUCAGUGGUCUCGGACCAAGGACGGUGAUCUGCCACUCAACCAGGGGGCGGACGCCGCCCGGGCCGCCAUCGCCUUCUCCUUCUUCUCCAUCGUCACCUGGGCCGGUCUAACGGUGCGCUCGGUCCAGAGGUAUCUGCUCGGCACAGACAUGACUCUGUUCACCACGGAGCACAUGGACGGCGGCGCGCCCACCCAGCCGUACCCCUCCAACUCCCCGGUAGGCGGCGGCGGCGCCGAGACCUCAGAGACCUACCAGAGCCCGCCGUUCACCGAGAACACCGCCGCCGCCGCCGCGCCCACAUACCAGGUUCCCAUUUACUAGAUAGGAUGGCGGAUGGCGGACGAGGAAGGUCGGGAGACGGCCGAGAGAAGGAAAGUUGACAGAAAAUGUGCUUUUUUUGGAUGUCGCACCUGCAGUUUGUUUAUGUGUCGAUCUGGGCCGAGUUUUCAAUAAUCGAGGGGAAAAGGAGAAAAAAAAGGCCUCUCCUUCUUUGUUCCCUCGUCUCGUUCCCUUUCCUUAACAUUCCGGCUUCAUCUGCACCUUUCUCGACCCGUGUACUAAACUAAAAAGUCAGUGUGUUCUCAUCAGAAUAGGAGAGGAAAAGAAAGAGAAGGCCAUAUUGUACACACAAUUUUGACCAAAACAUACAUAUACAAAAUUUAAAAAAAAGCAAUUGACCACAAAGCAGUAGUAGAUAAAAAAGAAUAAAAUGAAAAAAGAGCAGAAGGCAUUCACAUUCAGCACCUUCGUCUUAUUCUUUCCAUUCAUCGAAGUGUCAAAAAAAAUCCCCUUUCAUGCCAAACCGCGUGGGGAAUGUCAUACAUGUUGCGCUACAGUUCGGUCCGGUCAGUUUAAACUGAUCACGCGUGUUGAAUCUGCAUGUUACCAAACUUAGAGAUCAACUAAGUGCCAUACUGUACUGUGUGUCUCAGACAGUGACUUCAUUUUUAGUAGAUUUCCACAUGCUGUAAAAACAACAACAACGUUUUCGUGACUAAGUGCAAUAUCUCACAUUCUUCUGUAGGUCGGUAUAUUCUGUAGUCACCGUCGGGUUGGACCAGUUUCAGGCGCCGUCUCAGAUUACACACGAGUUUUUGAAUUGUGCAAUCAAACCUCCAAACCAAAUAUCCAAAUAAAAGCUUCCCUGGGGAGGUUUGCAAGAUCUGGGAAUUUUAUCGUAGUCUAACAGAUCCUCCACAGAGGCGUGUUUCCAAUUUAAAUAAAUUUAGUAUCCGUGUUCCUGGUCUUCCUUGAUACAUCAUCACAGUAAAGGACUCUGUGGGAUUCUGGGUCAUUCGGGUCGGUUUUCCCAGGUUUUUCAAAACCCUUUUCUGCAGAGAGUCCUUCUUCAGGCUGUUGUUUUUCUGUGCCAGGCAUGGAUGGAGUAUUGGACGGGCCCCUGGGGUGAGGGCCCCUGGACCAGAGCCUGUUUGAGGUGAUUUCUGUACAUUUCUUGUUGGAAAGUCAGUCAAACAGCUGUAAAAAAAAAAGAAUUAAAAGUAAUAACAAAGGUCCUCAAAAUGACUACAAAAAGACAGGAUAAAAAACUGAAUCAAAAGACCACAAACAUACAAAAAACAAAUCACAAAGAUAGUUCAAAAGACUACACAGAGACUCAAAGACUACAAUGAGACUCAAAACAACCACAACAAGAUACGGUAGGAACAAAAAAGAGACUGAAAACAACUGGAAAAGGACCCGAAAAACUACAGAGAAUGAAAAAAAGACACAAAACGACCAAGAAGAGACAAAAAUAACCACAAAAAGGCUCACAAUAAGUGGUGCUGAGGGGCCCAUCGUCUCAUAUUCUGUCCAUGGUACCAGAGUGUGUGCCGUCUGUGGUCUGAGACGGUGUCUGAUGGUGUCUGACGGAGUUGUGUGUAUGAAACGGGGCGAGUGGGGAAAAUCUGGGAAAGUCUGUUUACGUUUUAGAAGCUGCCAAACUGCCCUGUGUUCUUAUCGCCGUCUUCUGAUUACCACAUUACGACCAUGCUGUUAUUGUCCAAAGGAUUUUAUGUUACGAGGGGUGGGGGCGGGGUUCCUGGAAGAUUUGGUGCAGUCUUAACGCAAAAGAAAAAAAAUCUUAAGGAUUAAUCGCUGGCUAAUUCAUCGAUCCGGCUAUUCUGCCAUUCCGGAGAGGGUGGCGGAGUUCUGAAUUUGUUGCCAUGGUAACAGGGACAGGGUUGGGUGGAUGUUGGUCCUGAUGUAGAUAGUAACCAUGCCAACCAUGUGGGUGUGGAGCCGCGUCUGUCGUGGCUCACACACACUCGCCAUCAGCGAAACUGUAGUUUUUGGGGUGUGUGUGUGUGUGUGUGUGUGUGUGUGUCUGAGAGAGGAAGUGCGUCCACGUGCAUUAGCAUGUGUGUGUGUGUGUGUGAUUGAGUGUAAUGUACUCAAUUAAAUUUUGUGGUGCAGAAAAGUUAUUUUCUUGAACAUGUUUGUCAAAGUUUUAGUGCAGAUGAGGAAAUCAUAAAUCUGUUAAACUCUUUAAUCUCCCCCCCCCCGGAAUAAAAUUAAUAUAUUAUCAGUGUCACUGUCAAGAUGUAUGAAACUUGUUUGUUUUGACGAAGAGAGCCAAAUAUAAAACGUCACAUUAGAUAUUAUUGACCCAUAGAACGCUUUGCCUGCUAUUCUAAUGGACGGUACUACUGCAACGGGACCAUAUUUUAAAAAGUAAAUCAUGAUAAUUAUAAUGCAUGACAUUGUUGUAUAGAUCUCAUUAUAUAUUGAAUACUAUGUAAUUCUUGAGUUGACAAGUUGUUUUAUGCAAAAUGAGAUUGGCUAGCCGACUGGAUUCCCUCUUGCAUUUUAUUAGUCGCAGUUUAUCGUCAGAAUUGUGACCAAAGGCCCAAAUUACUCCUUUGUUUGUUCAGCUAGCUCAACCCCGUGAUCGAGUCGGUCACACGUUCACAUGACGCUAGUGUGCACAGAUCUCAAAGCUCCGGGGUGAAACGGUCCCAGGACGCUGCAACACCAUGAAAACAUCACCACAAGCUUUCAUUAUUUAAAUGGCUAUGAAGACAAUUUCCAUUUGUUCUAGUUGCAGUAUUUAAAAGGUUUAGGAUCAUUUUUUUUUUAAAGUCUUGUAAAACAAAACUAGAUUGACCUUUUGAGCAUGAAUUCUCUUAAAGCAUAUUAUUCACCAGACUGUCAGCGAGUGCACAGAUCAGUGAGUACAUGUUAUGAAUUUAGGGAUAACGCAGCAGUAGUUCAUUUUAGGAAAAGAAUACUUCUGGAGUAUUCGGGGUUUCAGGACGGGUUGAUUUUCCAAAUACUUUCAGGUACUCUGGAUACUUUUAAGUCUAUUUGAUGAAAGUAAAAAGAAAAGGACUUUUAAAACGUUUUUUCAUGUUGCAGCUCAUUUGCAAACUAUUUCCUAAAAGAAACAGAUUUUGAAUCUUUAAGAAAAACAGCAUUUGUUUAGAUUCAGUCUAAAUGUGAUGUGAAUAUCAUCUUGUGGAGCCUGCGGACAUGAAAUGUUCAAAUUGAGCUGACGACACUCCAGUUACAGGGUUCUUACACAUGUUGACCGAUGGAUUUCCAGGACUUUAAACCAAAUUUCCAUGACCAAACUGAAAUCUCAGAAUAAACAUGAACAAUUUAGAAAAUGUUGCGUAUCGAGAGUACGCCGGCUUAUAUUUUGAGCGUCUUUCUUUUAAAAAAACAUUAAUUAUUUCAAACUCGGCGUAAAUGAACAUGUGAUUAUACCAACAUUUCCAUGACUUUUCCCAAACUUUUAUGAUUUAAGUUUUUUCCAUGACUUUUCCAGGCCUGGAAAUGACCAUUUUAAAAGUCCAUGACUUUUCCAGGUGUUCCAUGAUCGUGCGAACCCUUCAGUUACCUUGAAAGUAUAAUUAACUAUGCCAAAAUAUGAAGAAUUAGAAACCCAGUGGAGCUGGGUUAUUGGUGGUGGUAUUGGGGUACAACUGGGUAGUUUGGGGUACCGUCAGCUCAGGUUGUGUUCUUGUUCUCAGUGCUUCGGUCUCUUCUUCAGUCAGUGUGGUAGAUAAAGAUAAAAAGACAAGCAUUCUCUGUUUUGUGCUCUGGCCCGUGUAUUGGUUGUAACAUUCAGUACGUUAUUAAAGUCAAUGGAACCUGUGUGUGAUGCUGUCUAGGGUCUGGUUUGUCCUGUACUACUAAAAAAUAUAUAAAUUAUUAUUAUUUGUUAACUAGAAUACACUGUUGGAAAUACUUUGUUUGGCCACUCUUAAAGGGGGCCGGUGGCGCCAAAUCAAAGUUGUAUGUGAUUUCAUGCUGUCGUUCUGUUAGACUUGAGAUUAUAAAAGUGAUACUUAGUAACGCGGACGCCACCACUUGUGUGUGUGGUUUCCAGUAUAAUACAUUGCAUGGAUGUUACAAUAUCUCCCCCCCUAAUAUUGAUAAUAAAAAUGUAAACCCCCUUCCCCCCGCCAUCGACCAACAAUCAAGUAAACAUUGAUUUUUAGCGUGCUCUAUGAGUUGUUUCUUCCUGUUCUGGAGGUGCGUGUGUCCUCUUCAGUGUGUACAGAGGUGUGUGUCAUUGUCUAUUACCUGAAUGUCUCUGGACUGCAGUCUGACCGUCACUCGAAUAAAAAAGAAAACAUGUUUUGGA